GGCUUCAUUACGAAUUGGGUCAGGUUGAGGAACUUUUAUCUUAGAACUUUUUCAGUGACAGAGUUAGUCUGAAUCUUGACCACCGCACAAAAUGCUACUAAGACUAUUGCUAUGCACCCUGAUGGCUUACGCCGCCUUGGUGGAAUCCCUGGAGUUCACCGUCAUAAACACACCCAUGGGUCAAAUCAAAGGAGCAGAGGUCAUGGCCAGCAACAACAAAACCUACUGGUCAUUCCGUGGUGUACCCUACGCCAAGCCCCCAGUUGGACCACUCCGUUUUGCUAAGCCCGAGCCACUUCAACACCGAGACGGCAUAUUUGACGCCACGGUUCCAGGUUAUUCUUGUGUCCAAGAUAAUUUUUUCCUCCUGCCCGGUGAAAAAGUUUCCGAAGACUGCCUCAGCCUGAGCAUUUACGUCAAGGACUUCCGUGUGACCCGUAACUCGGCUAAGAAAGUUGUGGUUUGGUUUCACGGCGGGGCCUUUUUGUUCGGCUCGGCUUCCGUUUAUGACGCCGGAUCUUUCGUCACCGACUAUGACGUCAUAGUGGUCUCUGUUCAAUAUCGGUUGGGCGUUCUGGGAUUUCUGAGCUCCGAAAAUGAUGCCAGUCCCGGAAAUUACGGUUUGUGGGAUCAAGCCCUCGCUUUGCGCUGGGUCAAAAGUCACAUUGCUUGGUUCGGCGGAGACCCGGAUGAUAUUGCUCUUGCAGGAGAGUCUGCCGGUGCUGCGUCAGUGUUGUUGCUGUCGCUGAGUCCAACAACGAAAGGGUUGUUCACCAAGGUCUACGCCCACAGCGGAACGCCCACCGGGCUUUUCGCACGUUAUCACGGCGCGAAAUCCGACGCGAUUCUACUCGCUAAAGAAAUGAACUGUACGAGUGGACCCUCGCGAGCGGAAUUUAUCUUUGACCAAUCCGUCGUGAACUGCCUGCGAUCAAAAUCUUUAUCUCAACUCGCAAGACCUUUAUCCUUUGACGUGACAAGAGCUGUUUACGUUCCAGUAGUGGACGGUUCCUUUCUCCCCAAACCUCCAUCUGAGCUGUUGAAUGACACUCACUACCUAGAAACCAUCGGGUUCUACUCUCGUAAAUAUUUCAUUGUUUUAAACAACAACGAGCAAUCCGCUAUCGACGCCCGAUUCCUUCCGCAAAAAUCCAUCUUCUACGCCACCAGCAACGGGUCGGAUGCCGACAAAGACGCCCUGUGGUACCAGUUUAAAAAAUCCCUGGCCAGGUCCAACAUUGCUCAACGUUAUGAAGUCCCCGACGUCUCGAGCCAAGUGGUGAAAACGGUGACUGACUGGUACGAGGACAGAUUCGUUGGCGACACCGCCUACCAGCAGCUUCUGACAGACUUACACUUCAAUAUUCCGGCUUUCGACGUCCUCAAUGCCAUCACUCAAAGCAAGAACACGCACGUUUGGCUCAUGUACUUCAACUACUACCCCCACUUCAUGCAGGGUCCGUACCGGGGAAUGAUACACAGCCUGGACCUCUGCUUCUGGUUUGAUUUCCCCCUGCCACUGAUUGAUAAAUACCUAAGCGCCGGAGCCACGGGAAGUUAUGACCAGCGGGACAGGCAAAUCAAGAGAAACUUCUCCACCAUUCUUGCUGAGUUUGUGAAAAAUGGUACCACUGGCGCUGCGAUCUCUAGAAUUAUCCCAACUGGUUGGCCUGAGUAUGACAACGUUGGACAAUACUACUUGGACUUCAACCAAAGCCCGUCCAUUCGAAGAAAUCUAUUGAGAGAACAGCGACAGCUUUGGGGAAUGGUGCCUCCAAUGAUAUCAAAUAAUUGUCUGUAAAGAAAAAAAAGAUAGAUAUCUCCACUUAUUAAACAAAACGAAAUCGUCAAUUACAAUUGUAAAGGUUUUCGAAAGUAAAUUAUUUUAUAUCAUGUUUUUAACAUAUUGUCAUUUUUUUUUAAAAGCCAUACACAGUGAAAUCUCGGAUUUUGUUGACUUCGGUUAUGAUUGUCUUUAAGAUUGUGUCAUUUGUAUUCGAGACAACUUGAUUUCGGCUUUCGUCGCUAAUUUGACUUGAGUUGAGAUGUAUCUCGGUGAACCUAGAGUUGACUAAGAUAUGGCUUGCAUGAGGUAUUUUG